AUGGACGGGGCGGGGCCUGGCGCGGCCUGGAGGAGCCACGUGCGCCGGGAGCUGGAGCGGCGCGAGCGCGAGACGCGGCGGCUGCGGGGCCUGGUGCAGAGCCAUGAGAAACUCCUGGAGCGCAGGGACCUGGAGCGGCUGCUGGCAGAGAAACUUCAGAUGGAGUCGGGGACCCAGGAAUCCAGGACCCCGCUGGAGCUGGCAUCCCUGCAGCUGCAGCAGGCGGUGGAGCUGGCGGAGCUGCGGGGGGCCGAGGAGGAGCUGGCCCAGAGCGUGUCCCAUCUGAGCGACGCCCUGAAAUGCAGCGAGGCCGAAUGCCAGGAGCAGCGGGCCAGGGCGAGGCGCUGUGCCCGGGAGCUGGCGGGGCUCUCAGAGCGCUGCCAGGAGCUGCAGGCCCAGCUGUGGGAGCGGGGCCAGGAGGCCGAGGGGCUGCGGGCGGCGCUGGGGGCGGCGCUGCGGGCGCGGGACCAGCUCGAGGCCCGGUGGGUGCAGGAGAAGCAGCUGGAGGCACAGAGGGUGAACGAGGCCAACGCCCGGGAGGAAAGGUACCGGAACCAGGUGUCUCGGCUACACCAGAAGCUGGAGAGGCUGUGGCUGGGAGGAACAGCUGGAACCUCCUGGCUGGGCGCGGAGCUGGUGAUGAGUGAAAACACAUCCUGCGAGGAGCUGGCAGCAGUGGGGCUGGGUGCUGGGGGCAGCUCAUCCCCUGCGAGAGGAGGAGAAACAAAUGGCGAGGGACCAGAUCCGGUGCCCGGAGCCGCUGCUGAGCUGGACAGAGACGCCCCCUAAGCGGCUGCAGCGGGGACCCCCCCGUUCCUGGGAGCAUUGGGGUGUCUGCGUGUGUUGGGCUCCAGCUCUGCCCUGCU